GCUUCUUCUUCUUCUUCAUAAAAGAAAUUAAGAAGGAAGCUAGCUACCUUUCAUCUUCUCUCAGGUGGUGUUGUGUGUGGUAUGUCUUUCUUCUGUCACUUUCUCCAUCACCCUGUUUUCGCAAUAUCAGCAGACUGCUUCUUGUCUGAUUUAGAAGAGAGAGAGAGGGAGAUUGAGUUUUAAAAGAGUUAGCAAUGGAGCAUUCGGAAGAGAGCCAGCCGCAACAGGGGGUCAUGGAUUAUGUUCCUCCUCGUGCUUAUCAGAGUGGAAUGCCCUCUUCUAUGGCGUUCCAUCACCAGCAGCUCCAACUUUUCUGGGCAACCCAAAUGCAAGAGAUCGAGCAGACCACAGACUUCAAGAACCACACCCUUCCGCUGGCGCGCAUUAAGAAGAUCAUGAAAGCCGAUGAAGAUGUGCGCAUGAUCUCAGCGGAGGCCCCAGUGAUCUUUGCCAAGGCAUGUGAGAUGUUCAUACUGGAGCUGACGCUGCGUUCUUGGAUCCACACGGAGGAGAACAAGAGGAGGACCUUGCAGAAGAACGACAUAGCCGCUGCCAUAUCAAGGACUGACGUCUUUGAUUUCUUGGUGGACAUUAUCCCCAAGGACGACCUGAAAGAAGAAGGGUUAGGGGUAACCAAACUGACCAUGCCAACGGUGGUCGAUUCUUCCCCAUACUAUUACUUGCAGCAGCAGCAAGGGGUCUGGGCACAGGGGAAUCUAGAGCAACACCAUGAUGAUCAGUAGCCCUCCAAAUAGUUUUCUCUCUGUUUUAUUUCUUCUUUCUAAGUUAAAUAAAAUUGGGCUGCUCUUUUCAUCCAUCACUGCUGUAUGCUUUUUCCAUUUCUACUGUAAUGGUCUGGUUCAUAAUAGUCAGUAUAUUCCCAUCAAAUGCAACUUUAUUUUCUCAUCAAUGCCGAGGAAAUUGUUCUUCCCACCCA